UAUUUGCUUUGUUCAUGAAUCCGGUGAAGACAAAACAACACAAUUAAACAGGAGAAAAAGAAAAGCAACUACAAAAUAGACUCAAUAAUUGGCAAAUGAAGAUGAACAAUCUGAGAUUUUUUUAUGUAAAUAGUAUUGGUUUAAGUAGAUCAAUGGAGUCGCAGUAGAUCCGGUUGUCUCAGACAUGUCACAUUGAAUUGAAUCAUACAAGUAGACAUGUGUGAACAUAUUUUAUAUAUGAAUUAGUGAUAUAUAGAUAGAUGAUAAAAUAUCAUAUCUAGAUAGACGACAUCCUUUGCAAGAGAAAAAAACGACUUGCCGUUUUCGAUUUCCCCGAAACAGUGAUUGUGUCAGUCUUCUUCCACCACAUGGCGAUAAUAAUCGAACUAUACCCCAAAUUCUUCUUCUCUAAAACUCCAAUUUCAAAACCCUUCAUAAACCCUAAUUUCAAUCCCAGAAAAAACACCAAAUCUCAUCAAUUCUUCAAACCAGUCGCUCAAUUUUCCCACCAACCAACAACAACAACCCCUUCUUAUCGUGGCACCAUUUUCCGGGAAAAAGUUAUCUACCUCGAGAAACUCAAAGUAAACCCUGAAAAAGCCUUCAAACAAAACCCUACCCUUCGAUCUUGCUCUCUAAGAACCAUAAAAUCGGUUAUACAAUGUCUUUCAUCAAUGGGAAUACACAGAAACGCAAUGGGUAGAAUCCUCGACAUGCUACCCGAACUUCUCACGUGCGAACCACACAAUGACAUUUACCCCCUUCUCGAUUUCCUUCUCAAUGAGGUUCGAAUUCCUUACCCAGAUGUUCAAAAAUCAAUCUUGCGGUGUCCUAGGUUGUUGGUUAGUAGCGUAGAGAAUCGAUUAAGACCUGCACUUUGUUUUUUGAGGGAAUUAGGGUUUGUUGGGCCCCACUCUCUCACGUGCCAAACAACAUUGCUUUUGGUUUCGAGUGUUGACGGUACCCUUUUGCCUAAAGUUGAGUUUUUGAUGGGUUUGGGGUUCACACGUGUGGAGGUUUCGAAUAUGGUUGUGAGGUCACCUGGGUUGUUGACUUUGAGUGUGGCUAAUAAUUUGGCUCCAAAGGUUGAGUUUUUCUUGAAGGAGAUGAAUGGUGAUGUGGUUGAGUUGAAAAGGUUUCCUCAGUUUUUCUCUUUUAGCUUGGAAGGGAGGAUUAAGCCUCGCCAUGCUGUGCUUGUUCGGCUUGGGUUGUCUCUUCCUUUGCAAGAGAUGUUGCAGAUUAGUGAUGGAGGGUUUGAUUCUAUGUUGCUUGAAUUGCGGUUACGGGCGCUUGAGGGAAGAUAGGGGUAGUGGUAGUGUCAAGGUUUUAAAUAGUGGUUGUGGUCGUACUGCGAUCCUUGAUUUUGUAGAGAAUUGCGGUUAAAUGUGGUUGGUGAAGCCUCAGUCGCAAUUGUGUUGUAGUUUCGACAACAUAAAAAAUUGUUAAGUUGCAGCCCUGAUUGCGGGCGUCAACUCGGGUGGUUGAUGUUUUUGUAAGAUAAGAGAGAAAAUGUAAUUGUCAUUGUUUGGUUAGAUUACAAAGGUUAAGGCAGAUUUGUGCAUAGCUGAUAAGUUAUGUUAGAGAAAGGGCUGAUUACAUUUUGAAGCAUUAUGUAUCAAUUCUAAUAGUGAAAUAAAACAAUGUGGGAUGCUAUGACUGAUGUCAGGAUGUGUAUCUAUGGCUGUAUCAAGUUUCAUCUUUAAAAUGGUGUAAUGAACUGCUGAUAAGAAAUGAAGAACCCCACAGAAAAGGGAUGCCUUGUAUGGUAUGAAUCCAAUUAUAUCAGCACCAACAAGGCAAACUAUCCAUACCAGCGAUCGACCAGGUGAUUUGGUUAAAUCCGUCAUCAGAGUUCAGUUUAUAGACUGGUGAUUAGUAAUUUUGUUGUCAAAAGAAGAUGAAGAGAUGCUAUAGAAAUUAAAAAUAAGUAUAUUUUUCACUGUUUCCAUGGUUAUCUGCAAAUGCUGUAAUACUUGCAAAAUAACCACAUAGUAGAUUUCCGCUUGGAUAUAGGUUUUUGUUAUUUUGUAAAUACAUAGAUUCAAACAUUUAAAAAUUAGAAUUACCACCACA